AUGCCGACCGACGAGGUGGCUAUUAUCGGCGCUGGCCUGUCGGGACUCACAUUAGCCCUGGCGCUGCAUAAGCAAGGCAUCAAGUCCACUGUAUAUGAAUCGAGACCUGCGCCUCUCAACAUCGGUGGAGCCGUCAUGCUAUCGCCCAACGCCCUCAAAGUCCUGGAUGCCUUGGAUGUGUAUCAGGAUGUCCGCGGACGGGGCUACAACUUUGAACUUCUCAAGGUCGUCAAAGUCGACGGGGAACUCAUCGAGACCUAUGAGUUUGGCGGCAAGGAGAAAUAUGGGUACCAAGCGAACCGAUGCUAUCGCUACGAGCUCAUCGACGUCAUCUUGUCCAAGAUCCAUUCGUUGGGGGUCUCAGUGGUGUUCGGUCGAAAGUACGUCCGCGUCGUCGACGAGACCGAGGAUCAUGUCGUGUGGGAAUCGAGCGACGGCACUCAAUCCAUGGCGUCCUUCCUCGUCGGAGCUGACGGGAUCCAUUCAUCCGUCAGAAAAUACCUCUACCCAGACGUCGAACCAAAGUUUAUUGAGAUGGCAGGCAUUACUUCGGCUGUUCCGGCAUCUCAAGUCACUUACCCAUACGGAAAGAUUGACCAGCCUCUCACUAUUACGGCUGAGGGUAAGGGAGCGUUUGUCAUCGCUCCUCAGAAACCCGACGCGUCCGAAAUGUUCUUCGGAAAGCAGAAGCACAUUGAGGAGGAGCUCAGCCGAGAGGGAUGGGACAAGUUCCUCGCGGACAAAGAGGGUCUGGUCAAGUUCCUGCAGCAGGAUGCCGAAGCCUUUGGCGAAGUCGCCGUCACCGCCACAGCAAAGAUUCCGCAUGACAAAAUCAACGUCUGGCCGUUCUAUGUCAUCCCGCAUUUAGACAGGUGGGCUUCCCAGAAGCGCAGAGUCGUGAUCCUAGGCGAUGCUGCCCAUGCUAUCCCGCCUAGUGCAGGUCAGGGAAUCAAUCAAGCGUUUGAGGACGUGUACAUGUUCUCCCUUCUCCUCGCAGCGUCCAAGACAGGGGCCGUCAAUUUCGAAGACGCUUUGACCUUCUGGCAGGGUUAUCGCCAAGACAGGGUCAAUAAGAUCUUGGAGUUGAACAAGCAAAUUGACCUGAGGAGGAUGCCCAAGGGCACACGACCUUCUGAUCUAGCGGGUGAGGUUGUGCAGAAGGAGUUCGACUUGCAGUGGCUCUACGAACCUGACUUUAAGGUGGAAGUGGAAAACUGGAUCCGUAGCACCAGGUCUUAG